GGGACGGGGAGCAGUUUGAUCCCCCCCACCAAAGUAUCCAUCAAACCUCCACAACAAACGCCCAACCCCAGUGAUAGUAGAGUGCUGCUCCUAUCGCUACUUACGUUCAUCUAUCAUGUCUGAAGUUCACCUCCUCUUUCAUCAGCCCAUUGCCGAUCACUCUUUCAGUGCGGACAGGUCUCUCCUGGCUGUGUCACGAGAUACUAAAGUUGAGCUCUACAAACGCUCUGGGUCCGGUUUCACCCUUCAGGAUGAACUCGCUGGGCAUGACAAGACCGUCACUAGUGUUGACAUCGCCCCGAAUACUGGGAAGAUCGUUACUUGCUCUCAAGGUAUUUCCCAUUCGUUCGGUCUCUGGUUCAUGUGCUGAUGUUAUCCAGAUCGUAACGCCCUAGUCUGGGAACCAUCCCCAACCGGCUGGAAACCAACCCUCGUCCUACUCCGUAUCAACCGUGCUGCAACACACGUACGCUGGUCCCCCGACGAAACCAAAUUCGCCGUUGGCUCCGGUGCCCGUGUCAUCGCCGUCUGCUACUUUGAGGGAGAAAACGACUGGUGGGUGUCAAAGCACAUCAAAAAGCCUCUCCGUUCCACCGUCUUCUCUCUCGCAUGGCACCCCAACUCCGUGUUACUCGCCGCUGGUUCUGCAGACGCUCAUGCCCGCGUGUUCUCCUCGUUCAUCAAAGGUGUGGACCAACGCCCCGAUCCAACAGUUUGGGGAGAGCGUAUUCCCUUCAACACUGUUUGCGGAGAAUAUAUCAAUAGCUCUGGUGGUUGGGUUCAUUCAGUUGCUUUUUCGCCUUCUGGGAACGCGCUUGCGUUUGCUGCUCACGACAGCAGUGUUACUGUUGUGUACCCGUCCGCGCCGGAACAGCCGCCCCAUGCGGUCCUUAGUGUGACUACCCAAAUGUUGCCGUUUGUUACGCUUUGCUGGACUCGUGAGGAUCAACUCGUUGCUGCUGGCCACGACUGUCAUCCAGUUGUUUUCCAGGGUAGUAUGGAAGGAUGGAGAUUGGCAUACUCUGUCGACGACCCGCGCAAGUCUGCGGGUUCUGGGGCAAGCCAGGAAUCUAGCGCGUUGAAUAUGUUUCGGCAGAUGGAUUUGAAAGGAAAGAGUUCGGUGGACGACACCAACUUGAAGACCAUUCACCAGAACUCGAUCACUAUCCUAAGGCCUUAUGAGGGCGGGCCGGGGAAUAUCACUAAAUUCAGCUCCAGUGGUGUUGAUGGAAGGAUUGUGGUUUUCCCAGUGAAGGGCUGAUACAGCGCUUUUGCCUAAGCGCAUUAUCAAGUUAGCUAGAAUUUAGAUAUCAUUGUGCAAGUGAUGAAAAUAGGCCGCUCAAGGUGAGCCGUUUAAAUAAA